AUGAAAAUCAAGUUCAAGCAAAGCAUAAGAGCAAAGGAACUUCCACAAAGUGCGAAGUGCAAAAUGCUUGAGAAAAGAUUCAAGGAUCCUGAGGAGGACAUAAAUUUAAUAGAGACUAGUAUAUCUGAAACGGCGUUCCUUUUGUGCAAAAGAGUUAAGGAAAACUUUGGGGAUGAUGCGGACAAGUUUUCAGAAUUCUUGGUUCAACUGCACAUGUGUAGACAACUGAGGGUCGAUUUGACCGAGUUUUUAAACUUGGUGGAUGACUCUGUUCGAGCGGAGAACGUCUUAUGA